GGCGUGCGCUUGUGCGGGCUGUGAGCCUCAGAGGCAGGAGCUGCUCGGGUGUCCAACAGGCUGCGGGCGAGCGAGCUGUGGCGGAGCGCUUCAUAUCCGGCUGCAAGAGCAGCAGCAGCAGCAGCUGAAGAAGAGGGAGGGCAAAAAGAAAAAGCGGAUCGGCGGUGGCAGCACCUUGUCUCUUGGGGCCUCCUGGAGCCUUCUGAGCUUGCAACCCCCGGAGCAGUGCGGGGCGCCUGCGGCUGAUGCGCCUCCCCAGAGCUGGCUCAGCCUCCCCGCAGUGUCGCUUGGCAGGCUUAAGGCGGGCUUGUCAUGACCACCCUCCGCUUGUGGGAUCAGCUGCGAGCCGGCAGCUCCGAGGUGGACUGGUGCGAGGAUAACUACACCAUCGUGCCCACCAUCGCCGAGUUCUACAACACGAUAAGCAACAUCUUAUUUUUUGUUUUGCCACCUAUAUGUAUGUGCUUAUUCCGACAAUAUGCAUCCUGCUUCAACAGUGGAAUAUAUUUAAUAUGGACUCUACUAGUGCUGGUUGGAAUUGGAUCGGUGUACUUCCAUGCUACGCUUAGUUUCCUGGGUCAGAUGCUCGAUGAACUUGCUAUACUCUGGGUUCUGAUGUGUGCUCUGGCCAUGUGGUUUCCCAGAAGAUACCUACCCAAAAUAUUUAGGAAUGACAGAGGCCGAUUUAAAGCAGCCGUAGGGAUCCUUUCUGGAGUCACAACCUGCCUUGCCUUCAUUAAGCCGGCCAUCAAUAACAUCUCGCUGAUGACGCUGGGCAUUCCCUGCACUGUGCUGCUAAUUGCAGAGCUUAAAAGGUGUGAUAAUCUGCGAGUGUUCAAGUUGGGACUCUUUUCUGGUCUUUGGUGGGCAUUGGCACUUUCCUGCUGGAUCAGCGACAAAGUAUUUUGUGAGAUAUGGGCCUCGUUUAACUUCCCCUAUUUGCACUGUGUCUGGCACAUCCUCAUCUGCCUUGCCUCUUACCUGGGCUGUGUCUGCUUUGCCUAUUUCGACGCUGUCUCGGAGAUCCCGGAACAAGGCCCUGUCAUAAAGUUCUGGCCCAGUGAGAGGUGGGCGUUCAUUGGGGUUCCUUAUGUCACCCUCCUCUGUGCUCACAAGAAAUCGCCGCUGAAGAUCACAUGAAGUGUCAUAUGCAGAGAAGAGGCCACGGAACUAUUUAUUAUUGAUUUUCUCUCCCUCUGAAAACACCUGUGCUUCUGUUGAGGGGGAGCAACAAGGACCGUUUUCCGCUUCUGACAUAAGCACAUGCUGCCUGAAGAGGUGUUCAGAACAGGCAGCAAGACCUUUGUGUUGCAGAACCUGGGAACCCAAAUUCCCGUUUUGUUUGGGUGGCUUUGGAGCUUCUACAUUUUAAAUCUGUGUUAGCACUAGGCUGGGUUUUAUAUGGGACUUCUUGAAUUUCUGACAUGGAAUUCUCUGGAUGUUCUACACAGGAAGGGAUAUAAUGAGAAAAGCAGGGCUGGGCCAGCAGUCUUAUGUUGUCACUUCCUCCUCUCUUGACAUGACAUGACAAAACACUUGACAUUGCAUUGGAUCAUUGAGCUCUGAUUUCCCCACCCUUCUCCGAGUUGCUUUCAUCAUCUGCUACUUGCAGCAGAGCAGCUUAAAACGUACUGACAACAUGUCAUGCGCUUCAUUUUCUUUCCUCUGAUAUCGUUUAAAGGAGAUAAAACAAGGCUGCUGUUCUCUGCAGCAGACAUGCAGAUCUGAGAAUGUCUAACUGUGUUUCCUACAGACUCCAAGGGUGAAUUUAAGCUUGCUCUUUCAUUGUGACCAAAAGAUACAAUUGUGAGUUUCAGCUACUAUUGAAGGGUUUUAAUAUUACCUGUUUGUGGUUA